UACCGCUUCAGUGCGUAUGGCUGCCUCACCAGCAUCCUUAUUCUUCAAAGAAAAGCCUCAUAGCAACACCACUGUGGAGCAAUUCAAACCGGUUUGCGGUAAAUUUGUGGGAUUUAUCACUUACUAAAGGAGAACUCUCUUGCUUUUACUUCACAACCUCUGGGAAGCUGUUUGACGCAGCAUUAUCAUGACUGUGAAGCAUCUGUCAGUGGAGUACGAUAAGGUGAAUGAACGAGGCACCUUCUCUCCGGGUGACACCCUCUCUGGAAAAGUUACAGUGGUGACCAGCAAGGAAAUCAAAGUGCAGAGUCUUGUGGUCAAAGCCAAAGGAAAGGCCAAAGUAAGCUGGUGUGAACAAGAGGGACAAGCUACAGUGAUCCACAGCAACAAGAAGAAAUACUUUAAUUUUGAACAUAUUAUUCUUCAGGAUAAAAAAAAAGGAGACGGCUCAGAAAUCAUCAGCCCUGGGAGAAAUGUGUAUCCAUUCAACUUUGUGAUUCCAGAUACAGACAUGCCUUCGUCGUACAAGGGGAGAUGGGGCACCAUCACAUAUAGUUUGCGAGCACAGCUGACUCAGUCAGUCUGGCUUGUACAGAAAACCAAGACGGAGUUCCCUUUUCUGACCAAGUCUGAGUUUCCCUUUGCCUCCAAAUCAGAAAUGAUUAUCAUUGGACUUAAGGAGCAACAACAUGCGACCAGGAUUACAUUUUAUGGCUCUGGAAGGAUUACAAUGAACGUCACCUCAGAAAAAAUGGGAUUAAAGCAAGGUGAGGCAAUGGGAAUCUCUGUGGAAGUAAUCAACGGCUCAGCACGGACUGUAACACCCAAAUUCUACUUGUGUGAGAAGCAGACCUUUGUUGCUCAGUCAAAGAGGAUGGUGCACACAAAUGACAUCUUCUGUGGGACUGGAGACUCUGUUCCAGCUGAGACCAGUCGGACUGUAACUAAAAUCCUGAGCAUCCCUCCACAGCUCCCUCCUACCUUCUUCAACUGCUGCAUGAUGAAGCUUGAGUAUAGACUUAAGGUCACUCUUGCUGCCCCUCUAAUAAGAGAUCCAGAAAUCAAACUCCCCCUGGUCAUCCUACUGGGUUCACCAAAACCACUUCAACAAAAACCAAAGAGAUCUAUCUGGUUUCGAAAGCUUCCUGGUUAAAAGGGUGCGUUAGAUCAAAAGGAAAUGGCAUGGAUGCUGUUUGACAGGAUUCAAAAUAAAAGCAUGAGGAACUAUG